UUGCUCUUAGAUGUGUCAUCAAAUAUAUUCAUAACGUAGUAAUCUUUCUAUGUAUUAUAUGGUUAUAGAUCAAAGUAGAUUAGCAAUUUAUUGCAAGCUGUUUCCAUUAAAACCAAGUUGUGCAACAUAUACUUCCGCUAACUUCACUUCAGUCUGUUACACGUGUACACACAUGUGCAUGCUUCUUUCGUAGAUUUUAAAGUAAUGUUUUAUUUGAAUAGUAAACGAUUAAGCAACAAAUUGAUUGCAUUUUUCCGGAUCGCGAUCCAACAUCGAGCGAUGUCGAGCGCAGAAAAACAACCAUUUCGCCGGCUGCCCACGGACGUUCUGCCUUAUCAUUAUGAUAUUGUUUUGUCACCGAAUCUAAAAACUUUCGUCUUCGAUGGCACGGAGUAUGUGCAUAUUGACGUGAAAGAACCCACGGAUACUAUUGUUUUAAAUUCACUGGAUAUCGAUAUUAAAAGCGUAGCUUUUAACUGCAAGGAUGAUAAUAAGGUCAUUCCAACGAAAAAUGUUGAAAUCUCUACACCGGAAGAAACAGCUACUUUGGUAUUUGCUGAAAAGUUACCGACUGGCAAAAGUGGAUGUCUGAAAUUGGAAUUUGUUGGAGAAAUUAAUGAUAAAAUGAAGGGCUUCUAUAGAAGCAAAUAUGUUGGGCAAGAUAAAUGGGGUGCUGUAACAUUUUUAUGUCCUACAUCAGCACAUAGAUUAUUUCCUUGUUGGGAUGAACCAUUAUUUAAAGCUACUUUUACGAUACACAUUGAACUUCCUCGAGGCUCACCACUUAUUGGCUUAUCAAAUAUGCCUAUUAAAAGCACGGUAACAAACGAAACAACUGAGACUUUAACGUUUGAGACGACACCGAUUAUGUCGACGUAUCUCGUAGCCGUGGUGAUUGGUGAAUUCGAUUACAUAGAAGACAAAUCUAGCGACGGUGUACUAGUACGGGUUUACACGCCAAAGUCAAAGAAAGAACAGGGACAAUUCGCAUUAGAAACGGCUGUAAAGGUGUUACCAUAUUAUAAAACGUAUUUUGGGAUCGCUUAUCCACUUCCGAAAAUUGAUCUCAUUGCGAUUGCCGAUUUCUCAUCGGGAGCCAUGGAAAAUUGGGGUUUAGUUACGUAUCGUGAGACUUGCCUUUUGGUGGAUCCACAAAACACUUCUGCCCUUCGAAAGCAAUGGAUCGCUUUGGUCGUAGCGCACGAAUUGGCGCAUCAAUGGUUUGGAAAUCUUGUAACCAUGGAAUGGUGGACGCACUUGUGGUUAAACGAAGGUUACGCGUCGUUCGUAGAAUUUUUAUGCAUUGCUCACCUGUUCCCCGAAUACGACAUUUGGACGCAAUUUGUAACGGACACGUACAUCGGAGCGUUAGAAUUAGAUGCUUUAAAGAACAGUCAUCCGAUCGAAGUACCGGUUGGUCAUCCGUCAGAAAUAGACGAAAUUUUCGAUGAGAUUUCUUAUAAUAAAGGUGCAUGCGUCAUUCGAAUGUUACAUGCUUACAUUGGCGACGAUGAUUUCCGCAAAGGUAUGAAUCUGUAUCUAAAGAGGCACAGUUACGGUAAUGCAACAACGAGAGAUCUUUGGAACGCUUUGGAAAUAGCCAGCAAUAAGAAUGUACGAUCCGUGAUGUCCACUUGGACCGAGCAACAAGGUUUCCCGGUUGUCAAAGUCCGACACAGUCAGGAUGGCGAUGACCGAGUUUUGUCUCUGUCCCAAGAAAGAUUUUUGGCCGAUGGUUCCGCGGAUACCGGAAAUAGCUUAUGGAUGAUACCGAUUAGCAUUAGUACGUCAAAGAAUCCAGAGGAAUGUGUGCUUACAGACUUGUUGGAUGAGAAAACAAAAGAUUUUCGCGUCAAAGAUGUUCCUGAGUCUAGUUGGGUGAAGAUCAAUCCUGGAACUAUCGGUUUUUAUAGGACUUAUUACAGUCCAGAGGCACUGUCUCUGUUAUUACCCGCGGUUAAAGAUCGCGCGUUACCUCCUUUGGACAGACUGGGUCUGUUGGACGAUUUGUUCGCCAUGGUACAAGCUGGACGUGCGUCCACCGUAGAAGUACUUCAGCUCAUGCAAGCGUUCCAAAAAGAAGACAAUUUCACUGUAUGGUCUAGUAUAGAUAAUACCAUAAGGAAAAUCGGAUUUCUCCUUUCUCAUUUAGAUUUCCAAAACUCCUUCAGAGUGUUUGGACGUAACUUAAUGGGAGACAUCACUAAUAAAUUAGGAUGGGAUCCAAAGCCCGACGAAAGCCAUUGCGAUACGCUUCUAAGGUCUCUGAUAUUAGGUCGUAUGGCAGCCUUAAACGACACAAACACCAUAGAAGAAGCGAAGAAACGAUUCGACUUGCACGUGUCUCAUGCUGCGCUUCUGGCUGCCGAUUUACGUAGCCCUGUUUAUCGGGCUGUGCUUUCCAACGGAAACUCCGAUACUUAUCAAACGAUGUUGAAGCUUUAUCGCGAGGCUGAUUUGCACGAAGAAAAGGAUAGAAUACUGAGGGCCUUCGGUGCGAUUAAAGAUGAAACUCUGUUGGCGGAGGUUCUCGAGUUUGCCAUGAGCGACGAAGUGAGAGCCCAGGACGCGGUAUACGCAAUCAUGUCGGUAUCAAUGACGUACAAAGGUCGCAUCAUGGCGUGGGACUUCUUCAAGAGAAAUUGGCAAACGCUUCGCGAUCGUUACGGUGGUGGUUUCCUGAUAUCGAGAUUGGUUAAGAUCAUUACCGAGAACUUUGUCACCGAAGAACAGGCCAAAGACGUCGAAGAAUUCUUCAAAGAUCAUCCAACGCCAGGAACCGAAAGGACCGUUCAGCAGAGCGUCGAAUCUAUCAGAUUGAACGUUGCAUGGCUCGCUAGGGAUAAAGACUCUAUCAAGGAAUAUCUAACUACUCAGGUCUAGUAGUAGUUAUAAAUUUGUUUUAUGCAUCGAGUUUUCAACUCUAACGUAUCGUCUGAUACAACAGGAAAUCGAUGAGAUGGCGUCGUGCCAUUGUACGAGCGUAUACAUGAAUAGCUUCGAGUCAAUUUAAAAGAGGGAAGAAUGGUUCUCUUUUGUGAAACACGACAUCAUAGGAUUUGAGUUUACACGCAAUGGUUGCUUUAACAGAUACCUGAUACAUGUUAUUUCGUUGUUUAUUUCCGUUGGCAAUUCUUUGGAAUGCAUAAAGAUACCGUUUCACGGUGUCUGUGGUUACCUUUACCGAUGGUAUUAUUAAAACACAGCAUUAGAUUUUUGGCAUUUAUAUUUUUUUUGUGUCCAGUAGGCACGUGAUUUUUCUUCCCGAAUAUGUAGUCAGAUUCGAGAGCACUAGUAUUUGUUACUCUUAUAUCGUGAGUAAAGUGAAAGAAGGGGGAAACAAGCGUGUAGCUGCAGUAUACAUUUAUAUCAUAUACCAUAAUCGAGAAGAUUGAAAUAAAUACUUUUACGCUUGUGUAUGAACGUGUAUUUAAAAUUCCUUAUCACUACUUUACAAUAUUGUUAUUUAUACAGGGUGAAAAUGGGUAACGUAAUUUCAUUUUUGAGAAAAUUGCUUUUUAAGAUAUGUGGGGUUAAGUAUGUGCCUAACUAAUAACUAAUGGAUUUCUUCACUUUGGCAAUUUCUAUUGCCAAAUUUCAUGCAUUAACGUAUAAAAAUCUUUUCGAUUUCAUCACUCGUUACGAGACAUCUUGAAUAGUAAUUAUAGAGGGCGUGCCACAUACAAUUCGACCAUCUUAAACAUCUCAGUUUUUACGAUAGGAAAAACUGUUAAAGGAAAAUUUGUUCGG